AUGGACCAGCAGAAAUUUCUCCAGCAACUUGCCAUCGUCCUUGAUCCCAAGAAGGGCAAUGUCAAGACUGCUACUAAUGUUCUGCAAAAUGAAUUCUACAAACAGCCUGAAUCCCUAUUGUUCCUCAUUCAACUCAUUAUCUCCCACGACAGUACCGAACUCAAACAGCUCGCUGCUACCCAGGCCAAACCUCUAGUCUCGAAGCACUGGACCAAGGCCCCAGCUGACCAGCGUGAGCAUGCACGCAAUCAACUGUUUCAGGCAACGCUGUCUGAGCCCUCGUCUCUCGUACGGCAUUCCGCUUCCCGCCUGAUGAGCGCAAUUGCAAAGAUUGACCUCGACGAUGGUGAGUGGCCGGAGCUGCCAGGGCUUUUGCAGCAGGCAGCAACGAGCUCGAAAGCAGCUGAACGUGCUGUGGGCGUCUACGUGCUCUAUAGCAUUCUUGAGACCAUCGGCGACGGGUUUAGCUCCAAGUUCAAGGAGCUUUUUGCCCUCUUCGGCAAAACCAUCAAAGAUCCAGAAAGUUUGGAAGUUCGAGUGAACACUAUGCUCGCAAUCUCGAAGAUGGCCAUGGUGAUUGACGCAGAAGAAGAUCAGGCUUCUAUCAAAUCGUUCCAGAAUAUCUUCCCAGACAUGGUUGUGGUCCUCAAAGACACGAUUGAUUCUUCAAAGGAGGACUACGUCAUGCUAACCUUUGAAGUCUUCAAUACUCUCCUUACGGCAGAGUAUCAGCUCCUCUCUAAACACUUCCAAGAUCUUGUUGCCUUCAUGACUCAAAUUUCGGUCAAUACCGAAGCCGCAGAUGAAACACGAACCCAAGCCAUAAGCUUUCUUAUGCAAUGCGUGGUUUACAGACGCCUUCGCGUGCAGGGUGCUAAGAUGGGUGAGCCAUUGACCAAAAGCAUGCUUCAAGUCAUCACAGAGAUUGAUGACGCUGCGGCCGAUGAUGAUGAUAUCACUCCAGCUCGAUCAGCCUUGGGAUUGAUCGACACUAUGGCGCAAAGCCUGCCUGCAAGCCAGGUGGUGGUUCCAAUACUUGAUGCCUUGCCACAGUAUUCAAAAAACCAGAAUCCCAAGUACCGUCAAGCUGGUAUCUUGGCACUCGGAUUUGUUGUUGAGGGCGCCCCCGAUUUCCUGAGUACUCAGCUCAGUUCAGUCCUUCCUAUCCUGUUUACGUUGCUUGAAGACUCAGAAGUCAUAGUCCGUCAGGCGGCUCUCCAGACGACUGCCAGACUAGCAGACGAUCUCCCAGAAGACAUCACAAAGCAACACGAAAGAUUGGUUCCUCUUCUAGUUAAGAAUCUGACGGCAGCUAUGAGCAUAUAUAGUGGCGAGGAAGAAGGCCCUGCGAUUGACAUCAUGAAAUCCGCCACCAGUGCUAUUGAUGCAGUUGUUGAUGGCAUGGACGCCGAAGACGCAUUAUCUUAUCUCGAUAAGAUUGCCCCAUUGCUCCAGAAGCUUUUCAAGCAUCCUGAUUUCAAGAUCAAGGCUCUAGCUGCUGGCGCCCUUGGCUCCUUGGCUUCCACAGUCGAGUCACCCUUCCUCCCAUACCUUGCAGACUCUAUGAAUGCCAUGCAGGAGUACAUAACCAAGAAGGAGAGUGAAGAAGAACUAGAGUUGCGUGCCAGUUGCACAGAUGCAAUGGGAGAGUUCGCCGUCGCCGUUGGUGCCGCUGAAUUCAAAAAUUACGUCCAUCCUCUCAUGCAAACUAGUGACGAGGCUCUGCAACUAGAUCAUUCAAGGUUGAAGGAGAGCACUUACAUUUUGUGGGGAUCUCUAGCCAAAGUCUAUGAAGAAGACUUCUCGCCUUUCUUAGGAGGCGUCGUCAAGGGUCUUUUUGAUUGUGUCGAUCAAGAAGAGGCCGACCUCGAAAUCGAACUUGGUGACGAUGCAAAAGAUCUGCUUGGGAAGGAGGUCACCAUUGCUGGACGCAAAGUCAAAGUCGCUGCUGCUGACAGUGACGAUGAGGCUGAGGACGGUGACAUCGAAGAUGUGGAUAUUGAUGAGGAUGAUGACAGCGACUGGGGCGAUCUUGCCACGGUUACGCCAAUCGCGCUGGAGAAAGAGAUUGCCAUUGAGGUAAUUGGUGACGUUGUUUCUAACACGAAAACCGCCUUCUUGCCAUAUUUUGAAAAGACGAUUGAGAAGUUGCUUCCCUUGACUGAGCAUAACUACGAGAAUGUGCGCAAGGCUACAAUCAGUACUCUACACCGAGCUUAUGCCGCCCUCUACGACAUAUCUGAAGAGUCUGGACAACUCCAAAAAUGGAAACCCGGCCUUCCCCUCCAGGUGGAGCCAACACAAGAGCUGAAGAAAUUUGGUGAAAUUCUAAUGGCUGCUACUCUCAAUGUGUGGCCAGAGGAAGAAGACCCGGCUACUGUUACCGAGAUUUCUCGCGCCCUCUCUGAGAAUCUCAAGAUGACCGGGCCAGCGCUUCUCUCGUACCCCGAUGUCCUUUCCAAGAUUGUCCAGACUGUAACCGACCUUAUCACGAAGCAACACGCAUGCCAAGUUGAUGCACAAGAAGGUGCCCUGGACGAGGAGGACCUUGAGGGCACAGAAAUGGAGUGGGUUGUCGUGGACAGCGCAAUGGACGUCAUUUCUGGACUCGCCGCCUCCUUAGGCCCCAAUUUUGGGGAAUUAUGGAAGAUCUUUGAGAAACAGGUCCUGCGCUACGCGAGUGGUGGAGAAUCUCUGGGUCGCGCUUCGGCCUGCGGUGUCCUAGCAGAGAUCAUAACAGGCAUGGAGGGCGCAGUUACCCCAUAUACCUCACAGAUCAUGACUAUUCUUCUGAAGCGAUUGGGUGAUGAAGAUAAUCAGACGAAAUCAAAUGCUGCAUAUGCCGUUGGGCGACUUGUCGAGAAGUCGAACGAUGACGCAACCGUCACCAAAGCAUAUCCCCAAAUUCUUUCUAAGCUCGAAGGAAUCCUCCACGUGUCCGAGGCGCGGUGUAUGGAUAAUGCCGCAGGCUGCGUCUCACGAUUGAUCCUCAAGCACAAGAACAAGGUUCCUGUCCCUCAAGUUCUACCAGUCCUGGUUGAAAGUGGUAUUCUGCCCUUGAAGGACGACUACCAGGAGAACGAGCCUGUGUGGAAGAUGAUCGUGCAGCUGUACCGUGAGCAAGACGAAACAGUCCAGCAACUCACUCCCAAACUGGCGCCUAUUAUGGUGAGCGUGCUCGGCGAGCCAGAGGAGCAAUUGACAGACGAAGUUCGUUCGGAAUUGCAAGCACUUGUUGAUCAUUUGAAGACCAUUCAUUGA